AUGAGGGAUCCGUGUGGCGAGCCUUCAUCGGGGGGCACCAGGGGAGGGGGCCACUUGAGAAGGGAAAGCUCAUGUAGGUCUACAUACAAAGGCGUUGGCUGCGUCCGUUGCUUUUGUCCUUUCAUGGAUUAUCCCGAGGCAGCAAGGCCCCCACUGCUGGGUGUUUAUGUAGAUGAGGAGGAAGCAGCAGCAGCAGCGGCAACUGUCGCUUCUCCGGUGUCUGCAGCAGCAGCAGCGGCUGCAGAGCUCGCACGUUUAGCAGCAGGGAAGCUGUUGCAGCAGUGGGGCCCCAGAGCAUGGACAGACCCUAGGGCGAGGCGGCAGGUGCUACUACCUGGGGCUGGAGGCAUAGUGGUUUGCAGCGAGAAGUUGCUGCUGCGCUGCAGCACACUGACUGGAGUGUGCAGCAGCAGCAAACACUUGCCUACUGCAGCCUGUUGCUGUUGCUUCGCCUCCCCUACACCCAGGGGCCCCCUCUUGGUGGUUGGCUGCGUAGACGGGGCCCUUCGGGUCUUCGCGGGAAGAACCCUGCGGCUCCUUAUAACGCUGCAGACAACGGCUGUUCCUGCUGGGGCAGAUUCUGAUGCUUUUGAUUCUUACAGCCUCUCGAGCGCUGCUGCUUCAAAACGGCGGAAUUCUCAUUGCGGAGUCUCCGUUGCAGGCUCACCCGAAGAGACCGAGGCAAGAGAAACACCACCAAGCAGGUCAUCUCGAGGUGCAACAAUGACUGGGGCAGCGACUGCCGCAUGCACUCCGUCCUCUGCUGAUUUUAUUCCAGCUGCUGCUUCUGUAUGCAGUUUGCAGCAAACACCCACCUGCUUGUUGCUCGUUGGGAACAACGCCCUUCUUGCUGGACUGGGUGGCGGCCUCGCUGCCGCAUUUUUUCUCGAGAACUGCCGCCUUGCUGCAGUUUACCGGAUGCCGCCUUCGGUUCGGUGCUUUCUGCAGCAUCAGCAGCAGCUGCAGCAGCAGAAGCAGCUUGCCCUUUUGCCAGGACACACAGCGGCAAUGCAGCAGCUGCAGCUGCAGCACUGUCGCGAUCAAGCAGCACGGAAAUGGCGGGGGGAGCCUGCCAAGCUGCAGCAGCCUCACGGCGGCAGAGGCAGCAGUAGCACAGGCAAUAGCAUUAGCCCAAUUCAGCUCGCUUUAGAGGCCCAGUUACCUGUCUGCUGCUUGUCGUCUGCAGCAGCAGAACGCCUGGUGGUGAUGGCGGUGCAUCCGGAGGGGUGGAGAGACACACCUCUGCCCCGCAGCAGCACCAAGGAGAGCAGCAGAAACAGGAGCAGCAGCACACUGCAUCGGUGGUGGCGAAUCUCUACAAAUGCUACCUACAACAGAGCGCCUCUUCCAGCUGCUGCUGCUGCAGAACCCAGUGCUGCUGCGGAUAUGUGGGGCCCAUGCUGCAGCAGGAACAUGAACGCAGCGAAGUCUCACGAGGCACGUGCAGCAGCACGUACGACAGAAGCAGCAACAGAUGUAACAAGGGCAGAAGCGAACGCAACGAAAGCAGCAACAGCAGCAGUUGACUCGAUGGAGUCCGUUGCUUCUUGGCCGCUGCUGCUCUUUCAGCAACAUACCGGUGUCUGCAUAGGGACGUUGUGGGGAGGCAGCUCCCGCACGCUUGCAGUGGGCCUGGGGAAGCUCCUUAUUCAGCCGCGCAAAUGCGAGCAGCACCAACAGCAGCAGCAGCAGCAGCAGCAGCAACUGUGCUGCCUGGCAGUAACUACCACGCAUGUCCACUUCUGGCAGCAACAAGAUCUUUCCUACAGCAAAGGAAGACUGCACCAAGGCUACAGAACGCAACCACCUCGUAGACGGCAGGAUCAGCAAGCCCGUGCUGCUUCAUCUCUUUCCGGCUUGAUGGCUGAUGCAGUUCAUCAAGGACGUGCAACAGUAGCAGCAGCAGCAGCAAGUGCAGCCGCAGCAGAUGCGGCUGCAUGUGCAGCAGCAGCAAAUGCGGCAGCGCGACUCGAGCAACAGCGGCUACUUCACGAGCAGCGAAACGGAGAUGCCACCGUAUGUCCUUCUUUCCUUUGCGGGUGCCGGGCCUCGACAUGUCAGCUCGCCGCCGCGACAGCAGCAGCAACAACAGCAGUAGCAACACCAGCAGCAAGAAGACAGCCAGAAACGGAGAAGCCUCAGGCGGAUGAAGAAGGAGGCUCUCCAACCGCAGCAGCAGCAGCAGCACAAGCAGCAGCACAAGCAGCCGCACAAGCAGGAGUAGCAGAAGGUGGCUGUGUUAGUGGCAUCUGGUGGUCCCUCCAGGCCAGCCUCCCUCUCGCUCUCCUCUUGUCACAGCAACGACAACAGCAGCAACAGGAAGAGCGCUCAUUAGCCGACGCAGUCCUUGACUGGGGAUCUAAACUAAUGGUGCUAUUGCCCAGUCGCAGCUUCAGCUGUUGCUUGGUCUCGUGGUGCAUUGGAGAAAGCGGCUUGGAGUUGCUGCCUCUUCGCUGGGUGCAGGUGAUCUAUAUAGCUGCUCUUGCUGCUGCAUGUCUUGAUGCAGAAGCUGCAUCUUCACUUGCUUCUGGUGGUGCAGGUGACUUAAUUGCGGUGCUGUGUGCAGGUUGCUGGGACGGGACGGUCUCUGCAGAAGCCCGUUCUGCAACGGCUUUGGUACGUCGGUGGAUUUUGCUGCUGCUGCUACCAUUUGGUGUCGGGAGUGCCCACGGCCGUGCUGCAGCUCUGUUGCUGCCCCCUUUCCCUGCUUGUUUGCUGCGCAGGUACCACCGGGGGCUAUUGGCGGCCUCUGCAUCAGACGGCAAUGUCCGUCUGCUGUUUCGCGCGAACCACUGCCUGCAGGAACAGCAGCAAGAGGAUGGGCAAUGA